AACUCAGUAUCCCGGAUGUGGUGCCAACUACACUCUACAGACCUUUCCCGCUGACUGGGAGAUAUAUGGGCUGAUAAAAGCCCUUGAGUCGCAUCAGCAUGUCUCAAAGGUGGUCCCCUUCUGAACCAGUGCUCAAGGCUUUCGAUGAACGAGGAUCAUUGCGCAAGACUCGACCUGAAGAAAGAUGCAUCCUGCUCCGCAUCAGCUGAGCUCCAUAUUUUCUCCGCGCAUCCACUCACCCCUUCCUGGGGCCGAAAUGAUGGACAAACGGUCCAAUAGCGGCGCAGGCAGCUCCACCAAUGGCAGCACCACUGGCGUGUCGGACAACGCCUCUGCCUUGCUUUCCAAGGACUGGCAAGCAAGAGAGGAGGCAGUGGUGCGCGCACAGCGUAGCUCCGCCUCUCUAGGAUCGUUCGUCAGAAAUGCGCUUGCGGCCCGCGCUCCUCCUGGCCUUCUGUCCCCGUCGGAUGCCACUCUGGGCGGCGACACAGUCGCAAGUGGACGAUUCAGCGACAAACAGAAAGGGUCGGGUACCGAAAACGACAAGACAUCGGGUCUGGGACUGGGCUUAGGGAUCAUUGAUCCCAAUGCACAAAUCUCGACGGCCACGCUGCAGCAAGAGGCGCCACUGCGCUUCGGCUCCAAACUUACAUUUGAGCAGCGCAAGACGCUGUUCGAAAAGGAACUAUUUGCAAGUGCAGCAGCCACAGCGACAGAUCCUGAGAAGGAGGGAGGCUCGCCGCUCAGCAGCCGCUCCUUCGGUAAGCAACAGGAGAUUGAGAAGAUGGGAUACUUGAAAGCCUUCUUUAAUCUCGCCGCUUUCUGCAUAGCCGUCGUCGUCCUGAGCGCCCCGAAUGUUAUGGCAACAAUCGGAAUAAUUCCCACUGUCCUCAUCGCGCUACUCUUCUCCGUUCUCGCUUUCUGGGCCGGCAUGCAAUACUACCACUUUCGCAUCGCUUAUCCAGGUAUCUCAAACCUCGAAGACGCCGGCUACCUUCUCUUCGGGCGCGUUGGACGCGAAUUUUUCGGCUGCAGCCAGGUCGCCUUCUCCAUCUUCCUCCAGGGCUCGCACUGCAUCCUUGGAUCGCAAGCCCUGUAUGCGCUUGGCUGGCAUGGCUGCAGUCUCGCACUCGGGGCAGUGUGGGCGAUUAUCUCAUUCAUCUUCAACUUCCCGCGCGAUUACUCCAAGCUGGGCGGACUUGCCGUCGCCGCAAUCUCAAGUAUUCUCAUCGCGAUCGUAUACACAAUCAUUAUAGCCGGCAUCAGCGGGCCGCAGCUACCCGCUGGGGAGGCGGUCGCCAAGAAUAUUCAGCUCUUCGGCACCUCCCGUGCUGAGCCGCUCACUACCACAGCGGCAUUGCUUCAAGUUGCAAACAUCUUCCUUAGCUUCGGCGCCAACACCGCCUACUUCCCAAUCAUGUGCGAGAUGAAGAACGUUCGCCACUUCCCUCGAACGCUCGCCAUGCUCAUCGCUUUGAACGUGAUUGUGUACCUGGGUGUCGGUCUCGGAGUCUAUUUGGAGAUCGGGCAGUACGUUGUCGCGCCAGCUUUCGACUCUCUGCCCCCGGUCCACGCAAAGGCCGUGUACGGCAUCGCACUAGUCACCAUCGUCAUUGCAGGCUGCGAAAGCGGCCAGAUUGCCGCCAAGCAAAUAUUUGUCCGCAUUUUUCGCGAUCGGCCGUACCACAUGCAAACGAACACUUUCGCUGGCUGGGCGACAUGGAUCGGCAUCAACGCCUGCACCUGGUUUCUGGCUUGGCUAGUGUCCUCAUUGAUUCCAGUCUUCCCGCAAUUCCUUGGAUUGGAGAGCUCUCUUCUGUGGGUGCUCUUCUCCAUCUUCGCAUCGGUCUUCUGGUUCCACCUCAACAAGGGACGGUGGUUUGUCGGCACGGCAAAGCAUAAGCUGAAUGCUCUCGUAGCCUCUGCUUCGCUUGGUGUCAUGUUCUUCGUCAUGGCUGCUGGCAUCUAUGCGAGCAUUGCAUCGAUCGUCGAUUCAUACAACGACCCCAACGCUUCCCCUCCCAAAAUCUUUUCCUGCGCACACCGCACCGCCUAAAGUCGAAGCCCAGGGACGUUGAUCGCACAAUAUUGCUGCUCUUUCUUUAUUUCUGCUGUUUCUUCAUAUUAUUGCUGUUACACUGAUAGCAGGCGCUCGCAUAUCUAUUGCGCCGCUGACAAUUGUAAUGAAUGCUUCCAGUUUUUGUCGCUCAUGUUGCGUCUGUCUGUCCGUACCAUCUUUGGGCCGAGCUUGCUUGAAAGCGUGGCUCGCUU